AUGUGUUUGUCGUGGGAAGAAAAUUGUAGCCUUUCUCCUGCGGUUCCUUCUGGGUUUGGGAAUGUCUCCCACAUCCACAUCUCCAGUCGGGAGGCGCUGGUGGGAACCAUAUUGAUCAUUGUAGACUUGGUGACUUUCCUGGGGAACACGAUUGUGUUCAUCUGCCCGGCUUUGGAAAAGAGACUGAGGACAGUGACUUACAUGUUCAUCCUAUCUCUGGCCACGGCAGAUCUGCUGGUUGCUUGCCUGGUUAUGCCGUUCAGCAUCAUUUACGAGGUGACUGGGAUCUGGCUGUUUGGACGGCUGUUCUGCAAGGUGUGGAUCUCUUUCGAUGUAAUGUUCUGCACAGCUUCUAUCGUUACCCUGUGCUUCAUUAGCUUGGAUCGUUACUGCUCUGUAGCUACUCCACACCACUAUCCCAAGAGGAUGACCCGGAGGAGGUGCAUAUUAAUGACCCUUGCCAUCUGGGUCUACUCUUCCAUGAUUUCCUUCCUGCCGGUCAUGCAGGGUUGGAACGAGAUCCCAGGGGUGGAUUUUGAUGCUGAGAGAGAAUGUAUCUUCGUGACAAACCGGACAUUCGCCAUCGUGGCCUCGGCACUGGCUUUCUACAUCCCGUUCCUGAUCAUGUGCACCAUGUACUUCUUCAUAUACCGUGCCUCACGUCUGAAAGCAGCACGCAUCAUGUCUCAAGCCCUCGAUAUCCACUACCAUCCCAAAAGCAAGCGUCAGAACAGUCUGCAACUGGAGAAUAAGGCCACACGGACAAUGAGCAUCAUUAUAUCUGUCUUUGUGCUGUGCUGGCUCCCGUACUUUGUAUUCAAUGUCUAUAUAGCUGUAUGUGGUGCAGAGCCAAACAACAAUGCAAUUCAUCUGGUAUUCAAAAUUAUCACCUGGUUUGGAUAUUGUAACUCCACCAUUAAUCCCAUGCUCUAUGCCUUCCUUAAUCAUGAUUUUCAACGAGCGUUGAAGAAGAUUAUUGUGUGCCAUCGUUGGGGGGCUCAGGUUGAUAUUGGAGGCGACAUGGUUUCCAUAGUAACCUUCUCCAAAACUGUCCAGGAUCAAGAGCUCAGUCCAAAAUCUAUCACAGUUGCUAAUAGUAAUGUGAAACCCAAGGGGUGCAGUUGGCCAAGAUUUGGCAUGAUGUGGUUGGGGUACCAGACAGAUCUGGAAUAUCACAGUUACAUCCGGCAACGUGGAAAACUUGUUUCUGUGUAG